AUGACUAGUCUUCUUCGAGGACCCAACCGUUCAUUAUAUAAAGAAUUUACCCCAUUUGCAUAUUUCUCUUAUCAAUUAGGACGAGAAACUUUUCAACAAAGUUACCUUGGUAUUUCAAACAAGGUAUCAAUCGCUGGUUUGUUAAACCUUAGAUUUCUUGCACAACAACCUUUAUAUGCAAAUCAAAUACAAAUUCACAUUUUAGGAACUGAAA